UAAAAGUAAAAGCCUCUUUGGCUCCCCACAUUUCAUAUUGUGCUCGGGGGCUGUGUUGUUGGCGGUGGUGGGAACAAAGGAACAUCAUAUCCUAUUGUCUCUCCGGAGACGCAGCAAUGUUCAUUUCGGACAAGUCUCGUCCUACUGAUUUCUACAAAGACGACAAUCCCAAUUCUUCAACCGCCGCUACACGCGACAUGAUGAUCGAUGUCACCACUCCCAAUGAAGCAGUAGUAGAUCUACAGCCUCACCACCACCACCACCACCACCACCACAAUCACAAUCACCAUCUCAACCAAUCUCAGCCUCAACAGAUUCUCCUUGGAGAUAGCAGUAGUGAGGAUCACGAAGUGAAAGCUCCGAAGAAACGAGCAGAGACAUGGGUUCAAGACGAGACUCGUAGCUUAAUCAUGUUCCGUAGAGGUAUGGAUGGUUUGUUCAAUACAUCGAAAUCGAAUAAACAUCUUUGGGAACAGAUUUCGGCUAAGAUGAGAGAGAAAGGGUUUGAUCGAUCUCCGACUAUGUGUACUGAUAAGUGGAGGAAUCUAUUGAAAGAGUUUAAGAAAGCCAAGUAUCAUGAUAGAGGCAAUGGAUCGGCUAAGAUGUCGUAUUACAAGGAGAUUGAAGAUAUUCUUAGAGAGAGGAGCAAGAAAGUGACCACCACCCAGUAUAACAAGAGCCCUAGUACACCACCACCUACAACUGCUAAAGUUGAUUCCUUUAUGCAAUUUAGUGAUAAAGGAUUUGAUGAUACCAGCAUUUCUUUUGGAUCCGUUGAAGCUAAUGGCAGGCCAGCCUUAAACCUUGAAAGGCGUCUUGAUCAUGAUGGCCAUCCUCUUGCAAUCACUACAGUGGAUGCUGUUGCUGCAAAUGGAGUUACUCCUUGGAAUUGGAGAGAGACUCCUGGAAACGGUGGUGACGGUCAUGGUCAGCCUUUUGGUGGGAGGGUCAUAACAGUGAAAUUUGGGGACUAUACAAGAAGAAUCGGUAUUGAUGGUAGCUGUGAAGCAAUCAAAGAGGCAAUCAGAUCUGCUUUUGGGUUAAGAACUCGGAGGGCUUUUUGGUUAGAAGAUGAAGAUCAGAUUGUUCGUUCUCUUGACCGAGAGAUGCCUUUAGGGAACUAUCUACUCCAUCUCGAUGAUGGACUAGCCAUUAGGGUUUGCCAUUAUGACGAAUCCAACCAGUUACCAGUCCAUUCAGAAGAGAAAAUCUUCUACACAGAAGAAGAUUACCGCGAUUUUCUGGCCCGACGGGGAUGGACAUGCCUGCAAGUUGAUGGUUUUAGGAACAUAGAAAACAUGGAUGAUCUUCAACCUGGUGCUGUGUACCGAGGAGUGAGGUGAGAGCAUGGGGAUCGCAAAACUUCUUCUUCAAAUUCAUCAACAGCUUAUCUAAUCAGAAAACAGUCCCCUGUGAAUAUAAGCUCAGUCCCUUUGUACAUUUCUUUCUUUUCUCCUUAGAGAAGAACAAAGAAAGUAUUUGCUCAAACAUGUAUGACACCAAUUUGCAUUCACAGUACAGACCAAUAAAACCUCAAAAUAGUUUCUUUGGUCUCUUACGUUUGUAAGAACAGAACAUAGGAGAAGAGAAGUGAUCAAUAAAGGAUUCACAUGUCAUUCA